AAUUUCGACGCAUUAAUAAUUGAUUUGUGGUUGAAUUUUAAAUGCAUUUAACCACGCGGAAAAUGUCCACUUAACCCCCUGUCGAUACGCCACUGGCUAGUGCAUGCCGAUGCUUUCCAAUAGAAUUGGCACUCCUGCAGCGAAGUGACAGUUGACGUUUCAUUAAUUCCUUAAUUUGUUUUUUCUACGAGAGUUGUGAAGUUAGUUGAGGGUGUGUUCGUGUACUUACUUAAAUUUUGUUUUUCUUUUAACAUUCUUUACUUGGUAAAAGCAAAUUGUCGAUAAUGCAUUUGAAUGCCGAUAUAUCGAGUGCCCUGCAACUAUUAGAAGAUAUCAAACAAACGGUAGAUGAUCUGAGCGAUCCGAAAUUACAAGUUAACACAUAUCAGGAUUUAUGUUUAUUGAUAUCCGUGCUCGAAAAUCCCGUUUUUAGAAGCGUUGUAACGGUUCAGGAUUCCUUGAGCGAAUUGAACCAGCAAUUAGGUCAGCACCCCUCUAUAUUACCCGUAGACUUUGAUAUCACGGCAUCUGGAGAGUUAGUACUGAAUGUACCCCCUUCUGGUGAACUGUACGACCCAGAUUACGCGGACGAUUAUCCAACGUCCAGAGAUUUUGACGAGCAGAGAGUUCCCUCAGCGCCUAUCUCUCCAGGCUCGCCUCACGUACACCCUUUCAACACCACAGACAAUAAAAUGAUACUUCUUAAUAGUAAAACGCUGAACGGCAAUAUUUGCAACCAAGAAACUUUGCGCUUGUUGCAAAACAACCAAGGGUUCACUGCCAGCGAUGAUGACGUCAUACACAGGUCACCAUCAAUUGGAAGUGAUGCCUCUAAAACGGGCUCAGACAGUUUGCUUAGCAGCGAAUGGUCUCAAGUCGAAAGCAUCGACCUUAUCAAUGACGGAACGGGGCUGGGAUUUGGGAUUGUAGGCAUGAGAAACAUGGGGGUCGUCGUCAAAACUAUUUUGCCAGGAGGGGUCGCAGAUAGAGAUGGCCGACUGCAAAGCGGAGACCACAUUUUACAGAUCGGUGAUGUGAACUUGCACGAGAUGGGAUCCGAGCAGGUGGCUACCGUUUUACGACAAUCGGGAACACACGUGCGACUAGUAGUAGCAAGACCAGUCGAUAUUAGUUCACCAGAAUAUAAGUAUUUAGGAUCAUCAGCUCCGCUUGUGCCUACAAGACUGCUUAACGAUUCGGUAGAGUUAGAUCGUUAUUUGAUUCAGCACAAAUAUCCCCCGAUUUUUCACAAGGCGAUGGAUCAAAUAACGGAUCUGUACCAAUUUGACCAAUCGAAAAGUUACACGGGAUUGUCUAGAGUUCCGGCGUCUCCGUCUUUGCCGCUUCUGAAUCUGGACAUGGCGGUGAAGAUGCCCGAGAUGGAGAAGUUCGUCGUCGAGCUGAAGAAAGACGUGAAGGGAUUGGGGAUUACGAUCGCGGGCUACGUGUGCGAGAAGGAGGAGUUGUCGGGGAUUUUCGUGAAGAGCGUGAGUAAGGGGAGUGCAGCGGACGUAAGCGGAAGAAUUAAAGUGAACGAUCGGAUCGUGGAAGUGGAUGGGCAGUCAUUGCAAGGAUAUACGAAUCUUCAAGCUGUAGAAGUUUUACGAAAUUGUGGAAACGUUGUUAAAUUGUGUUUGGAGAGAUAUUUACAUGGGCCAAAGUAUGAACAGCUUCAACAAGCAAUAGCAGCUAGCGAAAUAAAACCACCAACGCCAUCAAGUCCGACCGAAGUGCCACGAUAUCCUAAAGGAGAAGAUGGGAAUUUUAUUCGUAACGAUGACAAUACCGAGGAACCGGUUGAGGCAAAAAAUGAGAUAUUUUGCGGAUAUGCAAAGAAUUCUCCUGACAAACCGGCGUUGCUGAGCGAAGAAGAAAUUAAGAAAAAGUGGCAGAAAGUAAUGGGCCCUGAAACAGAAAUUGUCGUUGCUGAAUUGACAAAGUUUGGCGAGAAAGGCGGAUUAGGGAUAAGUCUCGAAGGUACUGUUGACGUUGAGGAUGGACAAGAAGUAAGGCCUCACCAUUAUAUCAGAUCGAUUUUGCCUGAAGGACCGGUGGGUAAGAACGGAACCCUCAGAUCAGGCGAUGAGCUGCUAGAAGUGAACGGCCACAAACUCUUAGGAAUGAAUCACCACGAAGUUGUCUCUAUAUUAAAAGAGCUUCCGAUUAACGUAUGUAUGGUUUGCGGGAGGAGUCCAGUUAAUUUAUUCGACCAACGCCCUCCUGAAGAUUCGACGUUUUCGGAAAGAGCGGCGCUGAAUAGAAGUUUACACAAUCUGUUGCCGGCUUCCGAUAGGUUGGUUAAAGCGAAGUCCGACGGAUCUUUAGCUAGUAGCAUCGCCGCAGUCAACUCCGAUAGUUCUUUCAAUAAAAUGAAAUCCAGAUCUUUAGAACCUCUCACGGGGUUAGCAAUGUGGAGUUCAGAACCGCAGAUUAUAGAGUUAGUAAAAGGGGAAAGAGGUUUAGGAUUUUCUAUUUUAGAUUACCAGGAUCCCAUCGAUCCGAACGAUACAGUCAUUGUUAUUAGAAGCUUAGUACCUGGUGGGGUAGCUCAAUUAGACGGCCGGUUAAUACCUGGUGAUCGCUUAUUAUUUGUCAAUGAUACUGUUCUAGAAAACGCCUCUUUAGACCAAGCCGUUCAAGCUCUUAAGGGUGCUCCAAAGGGAAUCGUUCGCAUCGGAGUAGCUAAACCCCUGCCGAUUCCAGACACAGUUGCUCACAGUUCAUUAGUAGAUGUGGAUCAAAACCGAUUUGUUACAACUAAUUCUAAAGUAAAUCUAGAAUAACACAUAAGUGAUACGAUCGAUCGAAUUAUAUCGUCUAAUCCUCGUCUAAAAGAUGAUCACUUUUAAAUCGGGAGUAGACAAUAUCUCUUGUUUCUAAAUUUUUAUAACAAAAUUAUAUAGGAAGUCAGGAGUUGAUCUGAUGUUUGUGAUAUUGAGUUGCUUUUAGUUGUACUUAAUCGAGAUCCGUUAUAUUUAUUGACGCUCUAUUUUAUUACUUGUUAUUAGUCCACCGUGAUACUCAUAUUUUCACCGUUCGGUUGAUUUCUAUGUAAUUUUACAUUUAUUAGACAAUAUUAUGAAUAAAGCUAUUGUUGAAUA